AGGGGGUAUGGCGGCGGCGCCGGGCGGAGGCUGCUCGGCCUCCGGCUCGGGCUCCGGCUCUGUCCCGGGGCCUGUUGCGGCUGCUCGACCUAAGGUGGCCCCGAGCGUGGACUUUGACCACAGCUGCUCGGACAGCGUGGAGUACCUGACUCUGAACUUCGGACCUUUCGAGACUGUGCACCGAUGGCGCCGCCUCCCACCCUGCGACGAGUUCGUGGGCGCCAGGCGCAGCAAGCACACGGUGGUGGCAUAUAAGGAUGCUAUUUAUGUGUUUGGAGGCGACAAUGGAAAGACGAUGCUGAAUGACCUGCUGCGCUUCGAUGUCAAGGACUGCUCCUGGUGCAGGGCUUUCACCACAGGGACACCGCCAGCCCCGCGCUACCAUCACUCCGCCGUUGUCUAUGGGAGCAGCAUGUUUGUGUUUGGCGGCUACACUGGCGACAUUUACUCGAAUUCCAAUUUGAAGAACAAGAACGACCUGUUUGAAUACAAGUUUGCCACUGGGCAGUGGGCAGAGUGGAAGAUUGAAGGGCGGUUACCAGUGGCGAGGUCAGCGCAUGGGGCGACCGUGUACAGUGACAAGUUGUGGAUCUUUGCAGGUUACGACGGAAACGCCCGGCUCAAUGACAUGUGGACCAUCGGCCUUCAGGACCGAGAACUGACCUGCUGGGAAGAGAUCGAGCAGAGCGGCGAGAUCCCGCCUUCCUGCUGUAACUUCCCCGUGGCUGUCUGCAGGGACAAGAUGUUUGUGUUUUCAGGGCAGAGCGGGGCCAAGAUCACCAACAGUCUCUUCCAGUUCGAGUUCAGAGACAAAGUCUGGACUCGGAUUCCCACGGAGCACUUGCUGCGCGGCUCGCCACCCCCUCCACAGCGAAGAUAUGGGCACACCAUGGUCGCCUUUGACCGGCACCUGUACGUGUUUGGGGGUGCGGCCGACAACACCCUCCCUAACGAGCUGCACUGCUAUGAUGUGGACUUCCAGACCUGGGAAGUCAUCCAGCCGAGUCCCGACAGCGAGCUGCCCAGCGGGAGGCUCUUCCACGCGGCUGCUGUCAUUUCAGACGCCAUGUACAUAUUUGGUGGCACGGUGGACAACAACAUUCGCAGCGGUGAAAUGUACAGGUUUCAGUUUUCCUGCUACCCCAAGUGUACGUUACAUGAAGAUUAUGGCCGCCUGUGGGAGAGCCGCCAGUUCAGUGAUGUGGAGUUCAUUCUGGGAGAGAAGGAAGAACGGGUUCGAGGACACAUUGCAAUUGUCACUGCGCGCUGCAAGUGGCUUCGGAAGAAGAUAAUGCAGGCCCGGGAUCGAGUGCGACAGAGAUCUAAGCUAGAGCCAGAGGAGGAGGGGUCGCUCCCCCCACCGAAGGAGGGGCCGGGUGCCGUGGCGGGCGUGAAGCUGCCCCUCCCGCCUUCCCUGCUGGAGGUGGCAAUCCGUGAGGCCGAGGCACAGCCCUUUGAGGUGCUCAUGCAGUUCCUGUACACGGACAAAAUCAAGUACCCUCGCAAAGGGCACGUGCAGGACGUUCUGCUCAUCAUGGACGUCUACAAGCUGGCCCUGAGCUUCAAGCUGUGCCGCCUGGAGCAGCUCUGCCUGCAGUACAUCGAGGCCUCCGUGGAUCUGCAGAAUGUGCUCACUGUGUGCGAGAACGCCAACAAGCUGCAGCUGGACCAGCUCAAGGAGCACUGCCUGAACUUUGUGGUGAAGGAGUCCCACUUCAACCAGGUGAUCAUGAUGAAGGAGUUUGAGCACCUCUCAUCCUCCCUGAUUGUGGAGAUCGUGCGGAGGAAACAGCAGCCGCCCAUCCGUGCCCACUCAGAGCAGCCAGCCGACAUAGGGACUUCGCUGAUCCAAGACAUGAAGGCCUGCUUGGAGGGGGCAGGGACAGACUUCUGUGACAUCACCCUCCUCCUGGACGGGCACCCCCGCCUGGCUCACAAGGCCAUUCUGGCUGCCCGCUCCAGUUACUUUGAAGCCAUGUUCCGGUCCUUCAUGCCCGAGGAUGGCCAAGUCAACAUCUCCAUUGGGGAAAUGGUGCCCAGCAAGCAGGCCUUCGAGUCCAUGCUCCGCUACAUCUACUACGGGGAAGUGAACAUGCCCCCUGAGGAUUCUCUCUAUCUCUUUGCCGCCCCCUAUUACUAUGGCUUCUACAACAACCGGCUCCAAGCUUACUGCAGGCAGAAUCUGGAGAUGAACGUGACAGUGGAGAACGUGCUGCAGAUCCUAGAGGCUGCCGACAAGACGCAGGCCCUGGACAUGAAGAGGCACUGCCUUCACAUCAUCGUGCACCAGUUCACCAAGGUUUCCAAGUUGCCCAACCUUCGAGCCCUGAGCCAGCCUCUCCUCGUGGACAUCAUCGAGUCUCUGGCCACUCACAUAUCUGACAAGCAGUGCGCCGAGCUGGGCUCCGACAUAUGACGCCCUGGUUGGGGGGGGGGGGUGCCUCGGCUGGCUGUUCAGGGGCCCUCUGCAGCCCUGGGAAGCUCUGUGUGCUCAGAGGGGCCUGGGCAGAAGCUCAGAUGCCCAGUGGGCCCAGCGCGAGGGGGCUGACGGGCAGAGAAGACCCCCUAGCUGAGCUGGAACACAUCUGUGAACUCUUGGAAGUGCGUGCAAGGGACCACUCCCUUCUGCCAGAGCUGUGGGGGAGCCCCCCAGGACUGAAUUGAGCCUUUGCUCAGAUCUCGGGCUUGGAUUUUUAAGAGACCAGUCAGUAGUUGCUCUACUUUGAAAGACCAUUUAGAGGGAGUAACAGAAGUUUUGUACUUGGGCACCCCUGGGCUUGCUAGAGGGGAGGCCAGCCCCACUCCCAUGGCCAAGGAUGAAGGCUGGGGUGGACAGAACAGGAGCCUGGAUUCUCUCCCCUCCCUGUGUUCCUGGCCUGGUCAGAGAGGCCCAGCCUUUAGAAGUCCCAUAUUACCCCCAGCCGGGAGGCACAGGAGGGUCCAAAUAGGGACCCACUGUUGCCCGGGCAGCCACAGGUACUCAUGGGGCCUCUGCUCUUUUCUCCAGGUCAGUUAUUUCCCACGUCCCUGCCCAUCCUUGUCCUUCCAGUGCUUGUGGCCUUUGUCACUCUCCUUCCCUGUCCCUGCUGGGCAUUCUGGUUUGCUGCUCCUGUUAAGGUCCGAGGGCCAAACCCCACCCCCCUUCCUGGUUGUCAAGGGGUGGUGGCAGCCACUGACUGGUUCUGGUGGGAUGGUGAGUGCCCUUGGCCGGGAGCAGCCCCAUGGCUCUCCACAAGUGGCAGGGAAGGCACCAGCUUGUCCUGUCCUCCCCCCUCCUGGGGGGGGAGUUCAGGUUUAAGCCAGGUGGAAUAUCCCCAUUUCAUUACCUCUGAGUGGGAAGGGUGGCCACUUGGCCAGUUAUGGGGCUUAGAGCCUGAGGUUUGGCCCAGAGGAGCCCUCUGGCCUCCCAGCUCCCUGUGGUGGUGGCAGCCCCCACAACCCCCUCUGCCUAGCAGGGCUCUGGUGGCCCCAGGGAGAACUGACCUCUCAGAGGGCCCUGACUUAACCCAUCCUCUCCGCUCCUAUAAACCGUCAGACUUGGGCUGGGCUGCCCCACGUGCUGUCUCUUUGUUAAUUAAGUGGACGACUAAUGGACCAUCAGCCGCAAUGGGAGACAUGUACCUGCCCUAGCUGACUGUCGAGCACGACCCAACCAAACAGAUUCGGUCCUUGGAGGCCCACGUAGCCAUCGGCCGUCCAGCUCCUGAAUUAGUCAAGAAGUGUCUGAAUGGGGUCCUGGCUGAGUGACCCUUUGGGCACUGAUGCCUAGAGACAUCUUUCUUACCUGUGACUGUUCUGAAUAGAAAUAAAGAAUUCUGACAAGGAA